CUCCGCCAUCAUUGUUAGUGGCAGUGAAGCCUGUAUGGAGGAAAUGGAGGAGCAGCAGCGGAGCCCCGUGGACUGUUAGUGCGCGUGUCAGUGAGUGUUGUCCGGGGCAGCAGCCAUGGUGCAGACGUGCUCAGCGUACGGCUGUAAGAACCGCUACCACAAAGACAAAGAGAUCUCCUUCCACAAGUUUCCCCUGGCGCGUCCAGAUGUUUGUGGUAAGUGGGUGGCGGCGAUGAGGAGGAACAACUUUAAGCCGACAAAGUACAGCAACAUCUGCUCGCAGCACUUCACCAAAGACUGCUUCAAGAUAGAGUGCAACAACCGAGUGCUGAAGGAGAACGCUGUGCCGUCGCUCUUCACUUUCAACCUCAGCAUCAAGGCGGAGUCCCUGGAGGAUCCGUUCCCCUCAGAGAUCCACUUCCCCCUCUCUAUGGCUUUGACCUCUGACACAGUGAUGGUGGAGGAGGAGGAUGAGGAUGAGGAUGAGGACGAGGAAUCUGAGCCCGGGAGGAGCCUGGCCGACAUCCGUUUCGACACGGCGUCCGUCUCCUGCGACCACAAUUACACGGUGGAGGACUCUGCACGGCAGAAGAAGCGCAUCGAGCAGCUGGAGGAGCAGCUGGAGCGUCUGAGGAAGACGCUGAAGACGACGCAGCAGAAGUGUCGGCGGCAGGAGAAGCAGCUCAAGAGGCUGAAGGCGGCUUGCGAGGCACCCAGGACUGUCUGUGAGCCUCCGGCAGCGUUCGGCGAGGGUUACGUGAUUUUACCGAAACACAUCUACCACACACUCAAAGGCAUCGAGUAACGAGGACGAGAGAAAAGAUAGAUGAGCGUGAUCAAAUCUCAAAUCUGUCAACAGCAGCCAGGUGAACUGUUGAAAAGCUGUUGAGCGAGGCGGUGAACCCCAAGCUGAGAGCUGAAGGACUCACUUGUCCGGGAACAUAAAUGCAAAGAAGUGGAAAACUUCAGUUGGUGCAUCCAACAAACUCCAACAUAUAUAAUUUUCUUUUUAUGUUUUCUGUUUGGGCUGCAGUGAAAUGACUUGAAGUGAACUCACUAUAAAUUAAUAGUUCAACAUUUAGGGUUUGGUUUUAGUGGGAGGCGUAUGCUGAAACAAUUUCUCGCCAAGCAACAGCCAGGUUGGAGUGCUAGGCAACCAGCGUAGAUGUUGCACAGCCGUGUGGAUAAACAGUUGUUCAUUAAGAAAUAGUUCCAUUUCUGUUUAAAUUCAACAAAUGAGAUAUAACAUGUUGUAAUUAGUGAGCUUUAUAGUUUAUUGGUUGAAGUUGGGACAGAGUCAGGCUAGCUUCUUCUUGCCUCAGUAAUAGAAAGAAAGCAAACAAGUGUUUCCCAAAAUGUUGAACUAUUCCUUUAAAGAUCCUGCUGUGGGACUUGGGGAUGCAAUUGAAAAUAUAGACUUUAACCUCUAUCCUUUUUAUUUUGUUUGUCUUUAAAGAAUUGUUCCUAAUAGGAAGAAAACUCCCAACCAAGGAUUGUGUGUAACAAAUGUUUAAAUGUGUAAUACAACUGAACACUUUACUUUUUUCACUUUUUUUCUUCACAUAAACAUGGUUCAAAACAUUCUGUUA